GUCAGGAAUAACGCGACAUGCCGGUGGACGCGAAAUGAACCAAGCUAAGUGCUUUCCUACAGCAUUUCACAAGUAUUCUUAAAAUUAACACUCACUUAAGGGAAAUUUUCUGAUAUUAGAUGUGUUUUUGUUAGCCACAGAGCAUAGUCAACAUAGCGGACAGAGCAAAAGUGACACGGCGUUAUGAGUUAUGGGUAUGGAGGAGGUGGGAGGAGAGGCAGGCGAGGAGGAGGACGCGGCUACAGAGACGGCAGUAGGGAAAGAUGGGACCGCGGAGGUGGAAGCGCAGCCAGAGGACACAGCUCCGACCAGGACCAGGAGCGAGGGGGCAGAGGAGGUGGUCAACGAGACCGUCCACCUCCUCAUCUGAAGGGCAGGGAGAUCGGCCUGUGGUACGCCAGAUACGGAGCUGUGAGGAGGAAACAGGCUGACCGCAGAUCACGGGCAGUGAUCCAGAUGGAUGAGGCCAGGGAGCAGCACAUCACUAGACUGCUCGACUCUGUCCAGAAUGAUCAGCCCGAACCAGAAAGACUCAACAGAGCAUCUACCUCAGACAGGAGCAACUUCUCUGGUCAAUCUGGACACUGCUACUUUGAUGGGGAAAUGCCUGAGGAAAAGAAACACUCUAGAAAACAAAAAAAAUCUGAUGAGGAUGAAGAGUGUCUCAAAGAUCAAAAAACAGGAGCACAGUCUCAAUGUUCCUUCAAUGUUAAGGAUGAGCCUCCUGAUGUUUGGGAUGAAGAGGAAGCGCAGAAAACCGAUACUGAGAGAUGGGCUGAUAAAGAAGCAGAGUUUUUACUUCAGGAAAUAGCCAAAGACAGCUCUUUGGACAUUUUUUUAAAACAAGAUCUUCAAACCAAGAGAUCAGAUCCAAAGUACAAAGAAAUGCUGAAAUUUAGAGAAAAGCUCCCAGCAUUCAGUAAAAAAGAGGAGCUUGUGGAGCUAAUCAACUCUCACCAUGUUCUGGUGGUGAGUGGGGAGACCGGCUGUGGUAAGACCACUCAGGUCACUCAGUUCAUCCUGGAUGAUCUUAUUGACCGAGGUGUGGGCUCAACCUGCAGAGUGGUGUGCACUCAGCCCCGACGAAUCAGUGCCAUUUCUGUGGCUGAACGUGUAGCAGCUGAGAGGGCAGAAAGUGUUGGAAAUGGGAAUUCUUGUGGCUAUCAAAUCCGUCUUCAGAGCCGGUUGCCACGGAGACAAGGCUCUAUCCUGUACUGUACAACAGGCAUUAUUCUUCAGUGGCUCCGCUCAGACACGUUAUUGUCAAGCAUAAGUCACCUUGUAUUAGAUGAGAUUCACGAAAGGAACCUUCAGUCCGAUGUUUUAUUAGUCAUUGUUAAGGAACUUCUCACAAUCCGAAAUGACCUCAAAGUGAUCCUCAUGAGCGCCACACUAAAUGCUGAAAAGUUCUCAAAAUAUUUUGGUAAUUGCCCAAUGAUACAUAUUCCUGGUUUGACAUUUCCUGUUGAAGAAUUUUUACUUGAAGACAUUUUGGAGAUGACUCGAUAUCGACCACGUAAUCAGGAUCGCCGCUCAUCUUGGAAGCGGGGCUUUUGGCAAGGACGCAACUGUCCACCAGAGAAAAAGGAGAAAGAGGCUGAAUAUAGAGAAAGCUGGCCUUGUUAUGCACGUACCCUACAGGGCAGAUACUCUGACAGCACCAUUGAAGCUCUAGAAAAAUUGGACAACGAUGACAAGAUUGACUUGGAGCUGAUUCUGGCAUUGAUACGUCACAUUGUAAACAAAGAUGAAGAAGGAGCGAUUUUAGUUUUUCUUCCUGGGUGGGACAAUAUCAGCACUCUACACGACCUGCUUAUGGCCCAGCAGAUGUUUCGAUCAAACUGCUUCAUUAUCAUCCCUCUACACUCCCUCAUGCCCACCGUCAAUCAGACGCAGGUCUUUAAGAAGCCUCCUCCUGGUGUCAGAAAGAUUGUCAUAGCCACCAAUAUUGCUGAAACAAGCAUCACCAUAGAUGAUGUUGUCUAUGUGAUAGAUGGAGGCAAAAUUAAGGAGACCAACUUUGACACUGAAAACAACAUUAGCACAAUGGCUGCUGAGUGGGUCAGUCUGGCAAAUGCCAAACAACGAAAGGGCCGUGCUGGAAGAGUGCGCCCAGGAAAGUGCUUUCAUCUGUACAAUGGUCUCCGGGCUAGUCUUCUGGAUGCCUAUCAGCUACCUGAAAUCAUGAGGACGCCUCUUGAGGAGCUCUGCCUGCAGAUCAAGAUAUUGAAGCUUGGGUCCAUUGCCCGAUUUCUACAGAAAUCCCUAGACCCCCCAUCUGAAAAAGCUGUGAAUCUUGCUAUCAAGAACCUCACAGACCUGAAUGCCCUGGACCGUUCUGAAAACCUGACUGCACUGGGCAUCCAUCUGGCUCGUCUUCCUGUCGAGCCGCACAUUGGCAAACUCAUUCUGUUUGGAGCUUUGCUGGGGUGCCUGGACCCAAUACUGACCAUUGCUGCAUCCCUUAGUUUCAAAGACCCUUUCUUUAUCCCUUUGGGCAAAGAGAAAAUGGCAGAUAUGAGAAGAAAGACCCUGUCCAGAAACUCUAAAAGUGAUCAUCUCACUAUUGUAAAUGCCUUUAAGGGCUGGGAAGAAGCCAAGCAUCGAGGUGCAAAGUAUGAGCGGGAGUUCUGCUGGGAUAAUUUUCUCUCUGCCAAUACGCUUCAGAUGCUCCACAAUAUGAAGGGUCAGUUUGCAGAGCACCUGUUACACGCUGGAUUUGUAAGCAGCAAAAAUCCUACAGAUCCCAAAUCUAACAUCAAUUCAGGCAAUGACAAGUUAAUCAAAGCAGUGAUUGUUGCUGGGCUCUACCCGAAAGUGGCAAAGAUUAGACCCUGUCACAGCAAGAAAAGACCGGUGAAAGUGUACACUCAUGCAGAUGGUAAAGUUUGCAUUCACCCAAAGUCUGUGAAUGCUGAGGAGACAGAGUUCAACUACCAUUGGCUCAUUUAUCACCUGAAGAUGAGGACCAGCAGUAUUUUCCUGUAUGACUGUACGGAGGUGUCUCCCUUCUCGCUCCUGUUUUUUGGAGGUGACAUCACAAUACAAAAGGAUGGAGAUCAAGAAACCAUCGCUGUUGAUGAGUGGAUUAUUUUUAGAUCACCAGCACGCAUUGCUCAUCUUGUCAAGAGUCUGAAGAAAGAGCUGGACUCACUGUUGGAGGAGAAAAUCCGUAAUCCUGCUCCAGUGGACUGGCAAAAUCGUCAGUCUAAAGAUUGUGCUGUCAUCACAGCCAUUAUAGACCUGAUCACGACCCAGGACAAUCCCACAGGAGGCGCAGGGUCUUAUAGUCAAGCGGGGGAGUCUGCCCCUAGAGGGCAACACCUUUACUUCAAUGGUGAUGACGAUGACGAUGAUGAUGACUAGAAGGGAUAACACUGUCUUUACAUUCAAGAGCUCAAAAUAACAGAUCUCAGCUGCUGACUGCAAAUAACAAACCGUUUCCAAGAUGAUGUUUUGAGUUAACAGCUGCUGUGGUUGUGGCCAGGAAUGCAAUAUAAAUAAUCUUUUUUUUUUUUUUUUUUUACCCACACCUCUAUAUUGAGAAACAAUAAUAUGCUCGUGCAUUUGGCAUGACAACUAUCACACAUGUAUUGUUUUACCUUUGUAUACAUUGAUGUUUGAUACACACUAAAAUGUGAGGUGAAACCAACUAAAAUGACCAGUGUAAACUAUAUAUUGACUUACAUUCUCAUAUGUUCUUGUAAAUACUUGUUACAUAAAUCAAUAAUCAGAUUAAUCUCAGACUAAGCAGAACAUGAGCACUUGUUCUUCAAUGGUGAUACAAACACUACAGUGACAAAAGCAGUUUUGCAUAUGCACAUAACCCAUUCCAUCUAAAGUCAGCCGUUGUGAAGGUGUCUUUAAAACUUCCUCAAGGC